CUUGUCUGCACGCAGCGUUCGCACUUGUUCUCAUCAUGGCUCCCAUCCGGCUUCGCCAUCCCAAGGGCGUCCUAACCCUUCAAGUCGACUUCGAGUCGUUCACCGUCCAGGAUCUUCAGCAGGAAAUAUUCGCAGCCUCGGAGAUCCCACCCUCAGCCCAAGACCUUAGAGCAGGAUAUCCACCCAAACAACUCACCGGUAUUGUCCCUGAGCUUCCCCUCUCGAGUCUAGCGAUUUCGCCAGGCGAACAGCUCAUCGUCACUGAGAAGCCUUCGUCUCGCUCUGCUGCACCUGUAUCGACUGGUGGUGCUUCGUCUGCACGACCUUCUGGACCAUCGUUGCCUGUUGAUCCUGGAGCUAGAAUUGUGAACCCACCGGCGUCCAUACCACCGUUUGCAUCUUCAGCGGGAACUUCGUCACGAUCCGCUGCUGGGGGCGGAGGCGAUGGAGGUCCUGAUUAUGUAGAAGUGGGCGGACAAUACCUCGUACAUCAGAUUGUGCCAGAUGAUAACUCAUGUCUGUUCUCUUCUGUGGCGUUGGUCUUUGAGCAAGACAUGAAGAAGUCGAAAACUAUCCGACAGAUCGUUGCUGAUGCCAUCCGUGACGACUCCGAAACAUGGACUGAAGCCAUCCUCGGACGUUCCCGCAUAGACUACAUCUCCACCAUCCUCUCCCCCAACUCCUGGGGCGGCGCCAUCGAACUAUCCAUCCUCGCCACCCACUACUCCACCGAAAUCGCGUCCAUCGACGUCGAAACGGGCCGCAUCGACCACUUCACCCCUUCCACCGGAUCCUCGACAGGCAAUCGCGUACUCCUCAUCUAUAGCGGGAUACAUUACGAUGCGGCGGUGCUAGCGCCAGAGCUCGGCGUCCCUGCGGACUUCUGUACGAGUAUUGUUCCGAUCUUGGGAGAGGAUGAGGGGAGCGAUGAGGUGUUGGAGGCGUUGAAGGGGUUGGCGGGGAAGUUGAGAGAGAAAAGGAAGUUUACGAAUACGGCGACGUUUGAUUUGAAGUGCGAGGUUUGUGGCAAGGGCUUGAAAGGUGAGAAGGAGGCAAGUGCUCAUGCGAGCGAGACGGGACAUGUCAAGUUUGGAGAAUAUACCGCGUAGAAGUUGGGUUCUGGACGGUUCAAAUCAAUAUUGUGUAUUUCACCCCGGAAGUUACUGGUGUAUCGUUAUGCGCUAUCCGUGUAUUCCCUGUUGCCCGGUUGUUGUACUGAGUAUGCCCACUACCGUGUCCUAUGCCAAUGUGAAUACACGAACCCUGAC